UAAAUACCCCCUCUGAAUUAGAUAAAAAUGAAAUUUCCAACCUAGAAUAAGUAAAUACUUUUGACCAAUAGCAAUUAAUUUUGACCCACUGUGCACACCGAACGCACAACACUUGUAAAUAGUAGCAUAAGUAAGGUAAAUAAAAUCAGUUGAAAUCGUUACCCCGCCGCGUAUGCAUACCCAAAUAGUUGCUCCCGGUCUUGUUCGGUUUUGUGGUGUCCGAAAAGUACAAAACGCGACGGUUUAGAUUACCCGCCCGCUGGUGCAGUGUCUGGGGAAGUGAUUGUCUACAUCGAUUGAAAUCAGAGUGCGAAAGAAGUGCAAAACCAGCUAGAAAAAGUGUCCCACGAACAACCAACGAAAGAAGAGUGGUUAAGUACUAAACAUAAUUUGGUCCUUCGAGCCGGAUUUCUGGACCGCCGGUGAAGAAAAGUGUCCAUACAAGCGCCUACAAGAGGCCAUAAAGUGACAAGUUCAGUUCAAAUUGCCUAACGAACCGGCAAAAAAUAGUGCGACGGUGACAAAAUCACGAAGAGAGUGCAUUCCCCCCAAGAAUCUCCCAUUUUUACGUAACACUUUGUUGCCGUUGUGUGAACGAGUGGACGAUCGUCAUCAAUCAUCCAACCGGCCGACCCACGACCGAAAUCGUUCUGGUGUGGUGCAAAGUACACAGAGGGUCGUGUGGCAAAAAUACUUGGACGAAAGUCGGUGAAAAUCAAGGUGAAAAAUUGAAGUUCGGAUUGAGUGACUAAGCGGGGGGCUGAUUCUUGGCGGUGGAAAAUUACGUGUGUGUGAUUCAUUUGGCGCUACCGGUGAACAAAAUGGCGGAAGAAGCGAAGACCUUCGAUGAGUGGCUGCAGAAGAAGCAAAAUGUACUGGAUUCCGUGGCUUUGUUGGAGUUUUAUGUGAAGAAUUUCGACAAGGAGGAGGCCAGAAAGGAGCAGGUAGAAGCUUGGGCGGAGAAGCUUGAGCGGUUCUACGACGAGUUCCAUAAGGUAGCCGUCAAGAUGGAGGCCUUAUCCACGGAGGAGAAUCCCAUCGACUUAAAAGGUGAGCGUCAAAAAUUUGAUUCCCGAUAUUAUGUUCUGCGUGCAUUCUACCUGAAGCAGAUUGCGAGGGCCGCCAGUUCCUCUUCCUCCAGUCACUCCCCACCUACGAAGCCAAUGAACGUUCGGCUUCCGGAGCUGAUUCUCCCUAAGUUUAGCGGUCGUUUGGAGGACUGGUGCGUCUUUCGCGAUUCCUUCCAGUCUGCUAUCGGUUCUCGGAGUGAUAUCGGUCCCGUUGAGAAGCUGCACUACUUGAAAGGUCUGGUUCACGGUGAAGCGGCACGUAUUCUCGACCCUAUCAAGGUCAGCGAGCAGGGCUACAAGGACGCUUGGAGAGCACUCACGCUGCGAUUCGAAAACAAGCGGCAGCUCAUCAAGUGUCACAUUCGGACGCUCUUCGAUACUCCAGCGAUGCGUAAUGAAUCGGCAGAAGAUCUUCUGGCGCUGGUCGAUCGCUUCGAACAGCAAAUCUCCGUGUUGAAGAGUUUGGGUGAACCAGCUGACAAGUGGAGUUCCUUACUUGUUUACCUGCUGACAGUCCGCCUCGAUUCAUGUACGCUCCGAGAAUGGGAGAACCACUGCGCCAAACUCGACGCUGACAACAUCGCAGCCGUUCUGGGAGGAACCGCGUCGACAUCCAGCGCAGUUGCUGAUGAUUCAACUUCCAUGCCAUCGUACGUCCAGAUGGUCAACUUCCUCCAGAACUAUGCUCGAGUCCUGCACGCUGUUUCCCCGGCCACAUUCGCUCCUUCUCCUCGCAACAAGCCCAAGCUUCCACCUAACUCAGCAGCAUUCCCCGUCGUAGCGCCGCAGAAGAGCGCAUCCAGUUCGACACCUUCGAGCUCCAGUACCAGCAAGUCGGAGAAGCCGUGCGAGAAGUGUGGACAGGGACACUACCUGUACCACUGCCCGGAGUUCCAGAAGCUGGAUAUCGCGCAACGGACCGACCUGGUAAAAGAAAACAACAUCUGCUUAAACUGUUUGCGCUCCUCCUCCCAUUUUGCCCGAUCCUGUUCGGGCUCCCGCUGCCGCGUCUGCUCCCGAAAACAUCAUACGCUGCUUCACACGGACAGCAGUGAUACGAAGUCCACAUCCAGCACCCAGUCUGAAGAAUCUACCUGCUGCGUCGCUGUCGAGGAAAUGCUUCCCGUUCCGUCGAAUCUAGCGCACUCGAAGUCCGUUUCACAAGUUCAAGCCCAGCAACCGUGUACUCCUAGUACGUCGAUCGUUCCCUCUCUCCGUGUUCACGACAUUUCCGGGAAUCCCCAGUGCGCUUUGGUCUCGCAAUCCCAAGCCGUGAUCCCUGGAACCGUUUUUCUUCCAACUGCGCUCGUGAACAUCCGUAGCAGUAGAGGUCGCAUCAUUUCCGCACGGUGCUUGCUGGACUGUGCAUCCCAACGAAACUUCGUGUCUGCCGGACUCUGUGAGAAGCUCCAACUACCACGGACUCGUCUGCCACAACCGAUGACAAUCAGCGGAAUUGGCAACACCACCACGCGCGUAGAGCACGAAGUAUGCGUGAGCGUCUCUUCCCGGAUUUCAUCUUUCUCCGUGAAAUGUUCGAUGCUGAUUCUUCCGUCGAUCACCGUGAAGCUUCCACAGUUCUCCGUCGACACCCGUCAAUGGUCGAUACCGGAGCACGUCAACCUCGCCGAUCCGACUUUCGCGGUCACCAGUAACAUCGACAUGAUUCUGGGUGCCGCCCACUUCUUCCGUGUCCUCCGCUAUGGUCGAGUCUCUCUCGGCAACGAUCUUCCGCUGCUCCAGAAUACCGAAUUUGGAUGGGUUGUCUCUGGAGAGUGCAUGCUGGAAAACCACGACCAUGAAGAUCCUCGUAACUGCCAGUUCAGCAAUCCCUGUACAAUCGACGAGCUGGUCAACCGCUUUUGGCAGCUUGAAGAGGUGCAGCAGUCAAAAGGCUGGUCUCCGUCUGAGCGAUACUGCGAGCAACACUUCGUCGAACACACCGUCCGAAAUGCAGAUGGUCGCUACGUCGUCAAGCUCCCAAAGAGAGAAGAGUUGCUUCCCCAGUUAGACGAUAAUUGGUACAACGCUACGCGGCGGUUCUACUCCUUGGAACGAUCGCUGGCCAGAGAUCCAGAGAAGCAUGCCAUGUACCAAAAAUUCGUCCAUGAAUACCAAGCUCUCGGACACAUGAGGGAAAUUGAUCCCAACGAGCGAGACAGUAAACCUCGCUACUAUCUUCCCCAUCACGCAGUCAUUAAGAUGGACAGCACCACUACCAAGCUCAGAACCGUCUUCGAUGCGUCUUGCCGGUCGAAAUCCGGUCUGUCUCUCAACGAUGUUCUUCUCGCUGGCCCCGUCCAAGACACCCUAGUCACAAUCGUGAUUCGCUUCCGAAUCUCCGAAUUCGUCGUGUCGGCGGACAUCGAAAAAAUGUAUCGUCAGGUGCUAGUAUCGGAACAGGAUCAACCGCUGACUCGAAUAGUGUGGCGCGAUCAUCCGGAUCUUCCGCUGAAGAUUUACCAGCUACUCACCGUCACCUACGGCACCAGCUGUGCCCCGUUCCUAGCGAUCAGGGUGUUGCAGAAGCUUGCCGACGACGAAGAACAGCGAUUCCCUCUGGCAGCUCGUGUACUCCGCCACGACUUCUACGUGGACAACCUGCUAACUGGCUCCAACGACACUUCAUCUCUCGCCGCUACUUGCAAGCAGCUCAUCGCGAUGCUGGCUUCUGCAGGCCUUCCGCUUCGGCAAUGGUCGUCCAACAACCAGACUGUGCUCAACGCCAUUCCGCCGGAGCUCCGGGAGACUGAAACGCUGCUCGAUUUGGACCAUGAAGCCUCCGUCACCACGCUCGGAUUACGCUGGGAGCCUGCUACCGAUCUUCUGUCCUUCAAGCAGCCAAAGUGGAAGGAAUAUUCAACACUCACGAAGCGGGAGAUGCUGUCGCAAAUCAGCAGUCUGUUCGACCCGCUUGGACUUAUUGGUCCGACCAUCUCGAAGGCAAAAAUCCUCCUCCAAAGCUUGUGGAAGCUCCACCUUGACUGGGAUACACCAGUUCCUCCGGCAGUCGCCAGUGAGUGGCAGGAUAUUCAACAGAAAUUCGCCGGUCUUGUGCAUCUGCGGAUUCCCCGACACGUCCUCAGCCCAGGUUACGCACGCCUGGAAGUCCAUGGCUUCAGUGACGCUUCGGAGAGCGCCUACGGUGCUUGCUUGUUUUUCCGUUCCAUCUCUUCUGCUGGAUCCUGCAUUGUUCGGCUGCUCAUGUCGAAGUCGAAGGUGGCACCAGUCGACACGAAGUCAAUUCCGCGUCUAGAGCUCUGCGCGGCUCACCUGCUCGCCAAACUCCUAGUCCAUGCCAUGGAUUCCGUCGAGAUUUCCGCUACGGUCUACCUGUGGACAGACUCCACCAUAGUGCUGGAUUGGCUUGCCGCAACACCGUCAUCGUGGAAGACGUUUGUGGCAAAUCGCGUGGCUGAAAUACAAGAACUCACCACACACGCGGUCUGGAAUCACGUUCCGUCAAAGGACAAUCCAGUCGACCUCAUCUCUCGCGGUAUGACCCUCGACGAGCUCUCACUACACUCCCUUUGGUGGCACGGACCAGCCUGGCUUGGUGCACUGGACAUUCCGUGGCCAGCCAAGUAUGCAGCGUCGAAAUCCACUAACCUCGAAGCCCGUAAGAUUGUCGCCCUUCCCGCCGUCGAAGAUGGCCCACUGUACGAUCUGGUUCUCCGCUACUCAAGUCUCCGUUCACUGCUUCGAAUCUGCGCCAUCAUUCGUCGGUUCUGUGAGAACUGCCUCCGCCACAAGAAUCAGCGGGAACGUGUUGUCGGCCCUUUGACCGUAGCCGAAAUCGACCAAACCCUGCUCGCCUUGAUCCGUCGGGCUCAGCAUGAGCACUUCGAGAAGGAACUCCGUCAACUGUCUUCCACUGGGAAAGUGGACCGAAAAUCCAAACUUCGGUUUCUGAACCCACAGUUGGUGGACGGUGUGAUCCGCCUCGGUGGCCGGUUACAAAACGCUUCGAUUCCAAACGACGAGAAGUGUCCUAUCCUUUUGCCAGCCAAGCAUCGGUUGACCGACCUCAUCGUGACGAGAGAGCACCAGAAGACACUCCACGCUGGUCCUGGGUUACUGCUAUCGUCCCUCCGCCAGAAGUACUGGCCUCUUGGCGGCCGGAACCUGGUUCGGAAGAUCGUCCACCGGUGCAUAACAUGCGCCCGCGCUCGACCAAAGCCACUGGAGCAGCUGAUGGGUCAACUUCCCCCAAUGCGAGUCACUCAGGCGUACCCCUUCGAAAACGUCGGCAUCGAUCUUGCCGGCCCGCUCUACGUGCGCCCAUUCACCAGAAGCCGCAAAUCUCAACUAGCAAAAAUGUACAUUGUCGUGUACGUCUGCCUGGCUACUAAAGCGGCUCACCUUGAUAUUGUGUCCGACCUUACCACCGAAGCCUUCAUCGCGAGCCUCCGGCGCUUUACCAGCCGGAGAGGCAGGCCAGCGCACAUCUACUGUGACAACGCCACCAACUUCGUUGGGGCUACAAGGGAAUUGAAGGAGCUCCGCAAGUUGUUCCUGUCCCAACAACACAAAGAGUCCGUAGCACGCGAGUGUGGAGAAGAUGGAAUCCAAUUCCAUUUUAUUCCGCCACGAUCGCCAUCCUUCGGUGGCAUCUGGGAAGCUUGCGUGAAAUCCGUCAAGACCCUGCUGCGAAAGAUCCUCGGCAAUGCUCACCUCACGGAAUCGGAACUCCAAACCGCUCUUGUGCAGGUUGAGGCAAUGCUGAAUUCACGCCCUAUCACCCCACUACCGGACGAUCCUUCCGAGGAACGCGCCCUCACACCAGGGCACUUCCUGAUCGGUAGACCGCUGAAUGCGAUGCCCGAUCCCGACCUUCAGGACGUCCCAGAAAACCGUCUCUCUCGCUAUCAAAGAGUACAGCAACUCGCUGGACACUUUUGGUCUCGGUGGCACAAGGAGUAUCUAGCCACCCUGCAAAUCCGGUACCGCUGGACUGAAGCGCUCGACAACCUCGCCGUCGGCUCCAUCGUCGUUCUCAAAGAGGAAAAGAUUCCGCCGCUCAAAUGGCCUCUCGGACGUGUGAUCAGCGUCCAUCCCGGCUCCGACGGACGAGUUCGGGUCGCCACAGUGCGAACCAGCACCGGUACGACCCAGCGUGCCAUCUCGAAACUCUGCCUUCUUCCGGUCGAAGUUGAUCCUGCCACCGUCGUCAUUGAUGCCCCGCAGUCGCCAGACGUUGGCCCUCGCUCAGGGAACAGAGCCGCCGGACGAGAUCCCGGCCCUUGCUCAGGGAACAGAGCCGCCGGACGAGUUCCCGGCCCCUACUCGGGGAAAUGAGUCGCCAGAUGAGAUUCUGGCCCACGCUCGGGGGAAUCGAGUAGAACGAGAAGCAUCUGUAAAGACGUUAAGCCUUCCAUGCGGGUUCGCCCCAUGGACUGGACUUAACCGAAGUUAAGUACCAUUUCUCGUUAUCGUUCCAACAAUCUGGCCACAGAUGUUCCGUUUUUUCCAGCUCGUCAUCCGUACCCGCAUAUCAAGGACCACGACACUGGAGAUCGGCCUGUGCCAGCUGAACCACAUUCAAUUCUGUUGCAUUCAUCUAUUCAACAUGCAUCGCGAGCCGUAGGAGUUCCACCGCCAGUGAUUGAUGAAGUGCAGAAAUUUCAUUGGCGGCCGGAAUGUUAAAUACCCCCUCUGAAUUAGAUAAAAAUGAAAUUUCCAACCUAGAAUAAGUAAAUACUUUUGACCAAUAGCAAUUAAUUUUGACCCACUGUGCACACCGAACGCACAACACUUGUAAAUAGUAGCAUAAGUAAGGUAAAUAAAAUCAGUUGAAAUCGUUA